UGUUUGUGAUAAGGCGCUUGCUUUAAGCACAAAGUCCUGCCAAGUACAACAAGCCCUCAGCUACUUUACCACAUCCCUCCCAUCCAACGUAGGACCACCGCUGCCUCUCAGGUCCUUCGGUGCUGUGUUUUCUGCAUCUUUGCAUCUGUCAAGCACACAGCAGCAUCAUGAGUGUAGAGUCCAAAAAACCACGUGAAGCUUGCUGCUCCAAGCUCAAGCUCUUCCUGGCCUCCCUGGCAUUUGUAUAUUUUUCCAAAGCCUUUGGUGGAGCCUACAUGAAGAGCUCCAUCACCCAGAUCGAGAGGCGCUUUGACAUCCCCAGCUCCCUCAUUGGGGUCAUAGAUGGCAGCUUCGAAAUGGGAAACCUCUUGGUAAUAGCCUUUGUGAGCUACUUUGGUGCGAAGCUCCAUCGUCCCAGGCUGAUUGGUAUUGGCUGCUUGAUCAUGGCUGCUGGGUCUUUCCUCAUAGCCCUGCCUCACUUCUUCCAGGGACCGUAUAAAUACGAGACGAGUGUGUCUCACACCAAAGACGUCAACAGCACUGAGAGCAUCCUGCCCUGUCUGUCCAACCACAGCAUGACUGACGCAGAGGAGACACCUGAUUUAGAGGCUAUAACAGCUUGUGAAAAGGCGACUGGCUCGUCCAUGUGGAUCUAUGUAUUCCUGGGCAACAUGCUGCGUGGGAUUGGAGAGACUCCCAUCAUGCCUCUGGGAGUGUCCUACCUGGAUGAUUUCUCCAGAGAGGAGAACACUCCUUUCUAUUUGGCUUGUAUCCAUACAGUGGGGAUCUUAGGACCUAUGUUUGGGUUCAUGCUUGGGUCCUUCCUUGCCAAGAUCUAUGUGGACAUUGGAUCUGUGGAUUUAGACAGUAUCACCAUUAACCAUAAGGACUCCCGCUGGGUGGGGGCCUGGUGGCUGGGCUUCAUAGCAACUGGCACCGUGAUCCUGCUGUCCAGUAUCCCAUUCUGGUUCCUGCCUAAGUCCCUGCCCAAGCAGGGACAAGAGCAGAGCCAGAGUAAGAGCACAGAACUCGCCACAGUGGCAGAGCAGGAGAACUUCCUCCCAGAGGAAAACCAGGACCAUGAGGAGAAAGAGGGGCCAGUCACGUUCAAGCAGCUGGCUAAAGAUUUCAUCCCGUCUCUGAGACGACUCUUCAAAAACAGCAUCUUCUCACUGAUGAUCCUCACCUACCUGGUGGCCGUCAACGGCUUCAUUGGAAUGAUCACCUUCAAGCCAAAGUUCUUGGAGCAAAUUUAUGGUCAAUCAGCCUCCAAGGCCAUUUUCCUCAUAGGUAUACUGAACCUGCCAGCUGUAGCUUUGGGCAUCAUCACCGGUGGUUUUGUGUUGAAACGUUUCAAGCUGGGCGUCAUCGGAGCCGCCAGGGUGUCGAUCGCUGCCUCUCUCGGGUCCUUUUGUAUGCUUUCCAUUCAGGUCUUCAUCCACUGUGAAAAUGCAGAUGUGGCCGGUCUCACCGUCUCAUAUCAGGGAGCUCGCCAGGUGUCCUACAACCAACAGACUUUGCUGUCACAGUGCAAUAUGGGCUGCUCCUGCUCAAUGAAGCACUGGGACCCGGUGUGCGCCUACAACGGCAUGACAUACGCCUCGCCCUGCCUGGCUGGCUGUCAGACCUCCACCGGUACCGGCAAGGAAACGGUGUUUCAUAACUGCACUUGCAUUGGGGAUAUGAUGACUCCAGGCAUGAACAUGUCUGCAGUGCUGGGGCAGUGCCCCAGGAAGAGUGACUGUGAACGCAUAUUUAAAAUCUACAUGGCUUUAUCCGUAGUGGGCUCCUUCAUUUCUGCCUGCGGGGGCACGCCAGGAUACAUUGUACUGCUCAGGUCCAUACAGCAGGACCUGAAGUCACUGGCUCUGGGUAUGCAGACGCUGAUAGUAAGAACUCUGGGUGGGAUACCUCCGCCUAUUUAUUUCGGGGCACUCAUUGACCGGACCUGUUUGAAGUGGGGCACCAAGCAGUGUGGAGGCCGAGGAGCGUGUAGACUCUAUGACGCUGAUGCCUUUAGAAUGACAUUCAUGGGGCUGAUUACUGGACUCUACUUCCUGUCCAACAUGCUGUGGGGAGGUCUCUACCUCAAAAUUGUCAAGAGACAGAAGAAGUUAGCGCUGAGGAAUCAGGCCAAAGAAAAUGAACUAGAGGAUAACGGAGCGGUCAAUGGACAUGCCAACAUCAGCAUUGCCAAAAACAAAGAAGACGUGGACAGGGAGAGCACGAUCUAAGUUGUUUUUGGAGGGAAACACUAUUGUAUAAUGCAGGUGAAAUGACACAUACACCAUUUUUCACUGCCUGAUUACUGUGCUGCACCCAUACUGGACCAAAUGUGGUAAUGGUACAGUGUCAAUGCUCUUUGGUCUUCAAGCAGUAUACCUCUUGUUUUUUAACACAGAUAUUGUGCCGAAAUUGUCAAUUUCUUUUUUGUUCACUUCAAAGGUCAAAGGUCCUGACAAAGCAGCAGAUCAGCCCAGAUUCAGAUGUGAGAAUAUGUCAGAUAUUUGGAGAACGUUUGGCUUGUGUUCACUAUUUAUACUUGAAUAGCAUUAGGUCAGGAAAUGAUUGUAAUGUCUCACCCUACAGCUUUACAUUCAAAGUGAUUUAGGUGCAGUGACAGUCUGGCAAACACGUAUACAAUAUAUGUACAGUAUAUAAUUCUUGUACAAGACAACUUAAGUGUUGUUUUUAGUUAUUGACAAUGUUUUCUUUCACGUUUUUCAGUUAUAGGUGAGAGUUUGAGAUAAUACAGCCAUCCUCAUUGUCCUCAAUGAAGUGUGUUAUAAUGAAGACACUGAGGAUGGUUAAGGUGUGGAGAGAGAGUGUAAUAAUUUAUAAAAAUAAAAAACAAGUAGUGUAAAGUUUAGACAAGAUGAGAAAAUGAAUCAACUUAAAUACACGAGGAAGAUAUAUGAAUAUAGACAUAUUGAUUACUAUUAUUGUGGCAAGAAAGAGCCCCUUUACUUAAAGAUGAAAUACUGUAGAUGGUACCUGAAGAAGUGCAGUGCUUUGCUUUGCUUUUGCCAGUUACAGUAUGUGCUUCAGAUUUGCAGAGUCACUGUCAGUGAAGUGUGUGAUUGCUGCAGGCUGAUCCAGUCCAUGAAGGCAACACAAGCGCUCUCAGAGAGUCAAAGUAAUACUUUAUUACAGUAGGUUGGCCAGAGGAGUAAUACCUGACAGUGUGCCUGUGUCUGUCAGGGUGAAAGACACAGACUUGACUGUACCACGUUUUGCUCUGUCUGUGACCCAGACGGACACAGGCAGAACCUUUUUCUUUGGUAGUUUGUGGCUCCAAGGUGUUUGCCAUGCGGUAGAGUCAAAUGAGUAACCUAAGAAAAAUGUUUUGUAUUUUUAUUCAUAUUUCCUUUAAACCAGGAGGUGGAUGAGAGAUUAAAAACAUGAGAAGGUAGCUAACCGUUAGCUUAGCGUCGCACAAAGAUUUGAAACAGCUAGCCUGGCUAGUUUGUUUAAUCUGUUCAAAAACCGACAAAACAAAAAAAAUCUUGUCACGGUGAGGUUCUGAAGAUCACAUUAGAUUUAAUGUAUUGAAUAGUGUUUAUUGUACUUGUACUUGUGGCUCAACCUCACAAACAUUAUUGUCUUAUAAAAUAAAAGGGAUCUUAGUUUCUUUUAAAAAUGUGACUAUCAUGUGAUAUCAUCUGCCCUUGGAGCCGUUGGACUAUUCUAGAUACAUAUUUGAGUUCCAUUUUAUUUCAGACACAAGGGUCAAGGAAAGUAAAGCAGGAUAAGGGUCAGUAAAGCUAUAAAAAGGUUUUAUUUUAUGUCAGGUUGAUAACAUUAUUCUUACUGUUUGCAGCAACAUUUUAUGUCGGGAUAGCUCACCUCUCUGACAUUUGACACACUUGUUGUUACAUCACAUCAUUUCACACAAACCCUAAAGGUCAUGAACAUUCACAUAAUCCUCAGACUCACCAGUGUUUGUCUGGAAAAGUCCACUGUAGCUUGCACAGUGGACUGUAAGUGAGUGGAGUGUAACUCAGACUUGACUAUCAUGUUUUACUCUGUUAUACACUGUAGUUGUUGAUUGAUAUAUAUAAUUAUUGUUAAUAAUACAGAUUUAUAUAUUGAUUUAGAUAUGUUUGCGUUGUGUCCAUAUAUUUUAUCACUAUUUCUUCCUUUUUUACAAUUUUGUUGAUUGUCCUUGAAGUAUAUCUGUAAGCAUUAAAGACAAACUUUCACAAUAUA